AUGACUUCCACCGAUUCCUACAUUGCCAUCCCGGGCUCAGUGGCGUUCUCCCACUCCCGUGGCCAGGCGGUUGCUGCUAGCUUGGGUGUGAAGGAGGUUCGGGCCCAGUGGGUUCACUACGUCCACACCUCCCAGCCUUUGAAUGAUGCGCAGCGUGUUGUUCUCGAGCAGCUGUUGCAGUACGGCGACAUCACCGAUAUCCCUCCGACCUUCAAUGCCACCGACGGCCAGUUUGAUACCUACUACAUUUUCCCCCGGACCGGAACCAUUUCGCCAUGGAGCUCUCAGGCUACCGGUAUUUCCCACGUCUGUGGCCUCCGUCAGUCUGUCAAGCGUAUUGAGCGCGGUAUGAAGAUCUCUUGCCUUCGGGACGGAGCUCAGGACUACAAGCCCAACUACCAAGACCUUCUGCAUGAUCGCAUGACCCAGAUUAUCAGCGAAGAGGAGCCCGACCUCCAAUUGAUGUUCUCCGAACACGCGACUCUUCCCCUUAAGACCAUCUCUUUGCAGGGUGGUGAUAAGACUCCUAAGCAAGUUCUCCAGGAGGCCAACAAAGAAUUGGGUCUCGCUUUGGAUGAGUCUGAAAUUGACUACUUGGCGGAGGCUUAUGGACCUAAUGGUGCCAUUAACCGUGACCCAACGGACGUUGAGCUUUUCAUGUUCGCUCAGGUCAACUCCGAGCACUGUCGCCACAAGCAGUUCAAUGCCUCGUGGGUCAUCGAUGGUAAGCCGAUGCCCAACAGUCUUUUUGCUAUGAUCCGCAACACACACAAGAAGCACCCCGAAUACACAGUUAGUGCCUACAGUGAUAACUCUGCUGUUCUGGAGGGCUCUGAGGGCGCUUUCUGGGCUCCAGACCCCACUACUGGCGAGUGGACGCACACCAAGGAAGUUGUUCACUUCUUGGCCAAGGUUGAAACUCACAACCACCCCACUGCUGUUUCUCCUUACCCUGGUGCCGCUACCGGUGCUGGUGGAGAGAUCCGUGAUGAAGGUGCUACUGGUCGCGGCUCGCGCCCCAAGGCUGGUCUUUCCGGCUUCUGUGUUUCUGAUCUUUUGAUUCCCGGUUUUCGCCAACCCUGGGAACUCGAUGUUGGCAAGCCCAACCACAUUGCUAGCAGUUUCGAUAUCAUGCAGGAGGCUCCUAUUGGAAGUGCUGCUUACAACAACGAGUUUGGUCGUCCUUGCACCGGUGGUUAUUUCCGUACACUCCUCACUGAGAUCGAUGUCGGAAAUGGCCAGAAGGAACUGCGCGGUUACCACAAGCCCAUCAUGAUUGCUGGUGGUGUCGGUACUGUUCGCCCUCAACAUGCCCUGAAGAACCCCGAUAUUGUUAAGCCUGGCUCUUUCCUUGUUGUCCUCGGUGGCCCUGCUAUGCUUAUUGGUCUUGGUGGUGGUGCUGCCUCCAGUAUCGCCUCUGGUGAAGGUUCCGCAGACCUUGACUUUGCCAGUGUCCAGAGAGGUAACGCCGAGGUUCAGCGACGAGCUCAGGAAGUCAUCAAUGCCUGUGUCGCAAUGGGCAACAACAACCCCAUCAAGUUUAUUCACGAUGUUGGUGCUGGUGGUCUGUCCAACGCUCUUCCCGAACUGAUCCACGAUUCCGGCCUUGGUGCCAAGUUCGAGCUUCGUGAGGUUGACAGCGCCGACAAGGGCAUGAGCCCUAUGCAGAUCUGGUGCUGUGAGGCUCAAGAGCGUUACGUCCUUGCUGUCGGAGAAGAGAGCAUGAACAAGUUUACCGCCAUCGCCCAGCGUGAGCGCUGCGGUUUCUCCGUCGUUGGUCGCGGAGGCGGCACCUCCGAGGAGGAGAAGAGACUGAUUCUCCUUGACCGGGAUUCCAAGGAAUACCCAUCUCCCAUUGAUCUCCCCUUGUCUGUUCUGUUCGGCAAGCCGCCGCGCAUGACCAGAACCGUGGACUCCCGCAAGCUGACUCUGCCUGCUGUUGAUUCCAGCCUGGCCAAAUACCUGCCUUCCCUUUCCACCAAGGUUGAGCUUGUUAACGAAGCCGUUAACCGAGUCCUCUCCCUGCCUGCGGUCGGUUCCAAGUCAUUCUUGAUUACCAUUGGUGACCGUACUGUUGGUGGUCUUACUGCCCGUGAUCAAAUGGUUGGACCUUGGCAAACCCCCGUCUCUGAUGUCUCUGUCACUGCCACAUCUUUGCUCCAGGGUGUCAAGUCUGGUGAGGCUAUGGCCAUGGGUGAGAAGCCUACUCUGGCUCUGAUCUCUCCUGCUGCUUCGGCUCGUAUGGCCGUUGCCGAGGCUCUGAUGAACCUUACCGCUGCUGAUCUGGUUGACCGUCUCAGCCAAGUCAAGCUUUCGGCCAACUGGAUGUCUGCCAGCAGCCACCCUGGUGAAGGCGCUGCCAUUUACGAGGCUGUUGAGGCCAUUGGUCUGGAACUGUGCCCCAAGCUUGGUAUCAGUAUUCCUGUUGGAAAGGACUCCAUGUCCAUGAAGAUGAAGUGGAAGGACGAGGCCUCAAACGAGGCCAAGGAGGUUACUGCCCCCAUGUCGCUCGUCAUUUCCUCCUUCGCGCCUGUUGGAGAUUACCGCAAGACUUGGACUCCCGCUCUUCGCAGCUUCGAGGAAGUCGGUGAGACUGUCCUUAUGUUUGUUGAUCUCGCUUUCGGUCGCAAGGCCCUGGGUGGUUCUGCUCUUGCUCAGGUCUUCAACGAGGUCGGUUCUGAGUGCCCUGAUAUCCGCAAUGUUGAUAUCUUCCGUGACUACUUCGAUGCUACCCAGCAGCUCCAGGAGUCUGGCAUCGUGCUGGCCUACCACGACCGUUCCGAUGGUGGUCUGCUGACCACUCUCGCUGAGAUGAUGUUCGCUGGUCGCUGUGGUGUUGAGAUCAUGACUGACAACAUCGCUGCAUCCUUCCACACUCCCGAUGUUGUUGAGGCUCUCUUCAACGAGGAACUCGGUGCCGUUUUCCAGGUUCGCAAGGAGCAUGAGAUUCAGUUCCGCUCUUGCUUCGCUACCUGCGGACCUCCUGCCGGCCUGAUCCACAAGAUUGGUCGUGUUUCUGAGAAGAAGAAGCAGGAUCUUGUUGUCUACCACAAGGCCUCGCUAAUCUACCGUAACACCCGUGCCAACUUGCAGCAGACCUGGGCCAAGACCUCCUACCACAUGCAGAAGAUCCGUGACAAUGCCGAGUGCGCAGAGCAGGAGUUUGAGAACAUCCUGGACAAUGCCAACCCUGGUCUGUCUUGGAACGCCACCUUCGACCCCAAGGACCGUGGUCUGCCUAUCAUGACCAGCCUGUCCCAGUACUCACCCUUCAGCAACAAGCCUCGUGUUGCCAUUCUGCGUGAGCAAGGUGUCAACAGUCAGGCUGAGAUGGCUUUUGCCUUCAACACCGCCGGAUUCGCUGCUGUCGAUGUUCACAUGACCGACAUUAUCUCUGGUCGUGUCUCUUUGGCCAGCUUCGCCGGUCUUGCCGCCUGUGGUGGUUUCUCCUACGGUGAUGUUCUGGGUGCCGGUCAAGGAUGGGCUAAGUCUGUCCUGCUACACGACAACUCUCGCAAGGAAUUCCAGGCCUUCUUCGAGCGCCCCGAUACCUUCGCUCUGGGUGUCUGCAACGGUUGUCAGUUCCUGUCUCGUGUUAAGGAGCUUAUCCCUGGUGCUCGUAACUGGCCCAGCUUUGAGCGCAACACCAGUGAGCAGUACGAGGGCCGUGUAUGCAUGGUUCGCAUCUCCGACCCUGAUCCUUCUCGCCCCAGCGUUUUCUUCCACGGCAUGGACGGUUCCUCAUUUCCCAUUGCUGUCGCUCACGGUGAGGGUCGUGCCUCGUUCGCUGGUACCCCUGGUACCUCUGCGACUGACUUUGUCCGUGAGGGUCUUGCGCCUGUUCGUUACGUUGACAACGCUACUCUCAAGCCUACUGCUCGUUAUCCCUUCAACCCCAACGGCAGUCCCGAGGGUAUUGCCGGUGUGCGCAGCCCUGACGGUCGUGUCCUGGCUAUCAUGCCCCACCCUGAGCGUACUGUCAUGAACGGCAUUGCCAGCUGGUUGCCUCCUAAUGCUGAGCAGUGGGGAGAGAUUGGUCCUUGGGGACGUAUCUUCUUCAGUGCCAGACGCUGGGUUGGUUAA